CUACCCCCACCCCCACCACCAUCAUCAUCAAAUCAACUCUUUCUCAGACGCAAAGCUGUACACGUGUUCCCUGUAAAAAGCCCCAGCUCCACAAAGAAUUGACAUUUAAAGGGAUGGGUUCCGUCUCUUGAUGCCCAGAUCACAUCUUCAGUGUUUCUGUGACCCGAACUGAAUCGUCUCCGAUUAAAGAUUCGAUCUUUGCUGCUUUUUUGUUUUGUUUUCUUGAACCGCCGCCCGGGAAUGGGGAUUGAUAAAACCGCGAGUGAUAGGAAAGGAAGGAGCAGUGAGGCCAAGAAACAGCGCAAUCAGCAGAGGAGACUUCACCCUGUUCAGAAUCUUUACGACACUUGCAAGGAGGUGUUCGCCGAUUGCCGGCCGGACGUCGUGCCGUCGCCGGAGAACGUCGAACGGGUCAAGGCUAUUUUGGAUAAAAUGUCAGGGACGGACGUUGGCCUCUGGCCGUCCCAGACAUACUUCAAGUCAACCGGAAACGAUAAGCCUCCAAGAAUCACAUAUAUGGGCAUCCAUGAAUGCGACAAGUUCUCGAUAGGGAUAUUCUGCUUGCCACCAUCAGGGGUUAUGCCUCUCCAUAAUCAUCCAGGAAUGACAGUUUUCAGCAAGAUUCUUUUUGGGAAAAUGCAUAUUCAGUCUUAUGAUUGGGUGGAUGGGGACCCCAAUGUUGAUAAAUGUUGUAAGUUCUUAGUUUUCUUAAAAGAAUUUAUUUAAGGAAAUAAUUGUUUGAAAUUUCUUUAGAUGAACUUAUUUAGAAAAAGAGAGAUAUUGCAUGCCACAUACGGAGUAUUAUUUUCCUUAAAAGUGAAAAAACGUGAAAUGUAGAUUCAAUUUUGGAACCGAACGAAAAAAGAAAGUGUAAACUUGAGUUUGAAAUGGAGUAUUUGUCUAUUUGAAAUGCUUUUUUCUCUUCUUAGACUAGUCUCUCAAUUAAGAGUCAUUGUCAUGAUUCAAGGAUGUUGUUUGUAUCUAGAUUUGAGGUUGCCAAACAUGUAAUGUUUGCUAAGGGUGUGUUUGGUUGGAACGGAUUGGGGCGAGGGAUGGGAAAUGCUCCCUUCCCUACAUUUGGUUAUUGAAAAAUGGGAGGGGAAACAACCAAAAUUUUCCAUUCUCUCUGAGUCCAAUUCCCUGUGAUUAUAACUUAAUUUACCUACCUCCAGACAGCUAUCUAGUCAGUCUUUAAAAAGAUCCCAAUGAUGGGAUUGUUUUUUAACACUGGACUGGCGAGCUGGCUGGGGGCUAGCUAAUGUGGGCAUGCAUGCAUGCAUGCAGGCAAUCCUUCUGGGGUUCGUUUGGCGAAGAUGAAGGUGAAUUCGGACUUCAGUGCGCCUUGCAAGAGUAGCAUCCUCUACCCUAAAGAUUGUAACAUGCAUUGCUUUCGGGCGUUGACCGCAUGUGCGGUUCUUGACGUGCUUGUCCCGCCUUACAAUGACCUCGAAGGUCGCCAUUGUCAAUACUAUUCGGACUUCCCCUUUUCCAACGUCUCAGUCGAAGGUGAAGGUGAAGAAGGUGUCGCCCAAUCCGCUCCAGAAGUGCCCGAAGAAGGGCCAGAAAAAAGCUAUGUAUGGCUCAAAGAACGGGCGAUGCCCGAAGAUUUGGCGUUCGUUGGGGCUUUGUACAAAGGACCAAAACUAGCCAAAUAAGCCACCCCCAAAACCUUUGUCUCAUUGUAUAUUUUGCUUGACCAGAGCACGUCAAAACAUUUGGUUUUUUUCUUUCCCUUUUUUUUUGGGAGGGGGGGGGGCUUUAGUUUUAAAGGUAAGGAAAUAUACAUAGGGAAAGAAUGCAAGCAAACUUUUCUUUCUGCUUUUUAUUGGUCUCUCUUGUGGUUUGAAAAAACAGCUCUAUAUAUAUUUUACCAGUAAAAUUUAAAAGGAAAAAAUAAUGGUCUGGAAGAACAACAUUAGUAGUAGUUUUGUUGUUGGUUAAAGUUGUGGAUAAU